GGAGAGAGAGCAGAUGUAAAGACAUCAGUGGGAGGAAGGGAGGGAGAGAGAUAGAUAGAUCAGGGCUGUUCUGAGGUCCUAUUCCGGGCGACUACGACUUACUUUUUUAUAUUUUGAAGGCAACGCUACUGCAUAUGAAGAUUAAUGAAUUAAGGACAAUGGUUGCUAUGUGAACCGGGCCGGACAGCAAUACAAUCAACACAAUGCCAACGGACAUGGCAUAGGCUACCCGAUGAAAACCCCUAAACAAUAGCAUCCUGUGUGCAUUUUCUGUUUGUUUGUUGUUGAUGAUGCCAUUUGAUGGAGACAGCCUACGUAUGCACGAGAAAGCAGCCUACGUAAGACUUUUUAAACAUGAAUAAAAAAAAUAAAGCGACACAAACGGAAAACGGUUCAUCGAUAAAGCCUACACAUGGACCUCAGCGGGAUCAGGAGAUGCGGAUGCUUAUCCCAACCUGGCAGACCUCGAGCUUUGCAAUAUGAGUUUCAGUUCUUAAGGGUGGCAGUUUUCUGGUGGUCCGUGAUAUAGGUAACAGGGAUGACAAUUGAGCCCUUAUCUUUUGAGUGUGGUCGUCUUAUGAUAUCAUCGCUAAAUAUAUCUGGGUAAUAGGCUACAACAUGGAGAACGGGAAUUGACAAAAGAUCCUGUCAUCGUGCAUUUUAAACAUAGGCUACUGAAGUUGUAAACUCCUUCAGAUAUAAGGACCGGACAUCACUAAAACAUACGUAUUAUAAUGUAUAGCGUCCAUCAUAUGUAAAAUAUGCUAUUGUGUUAUAAUUUUUAAAAAUUUAACAAGAUUGUAAGACAAGUAUUAGUUUGUCUUUGUAGGAUAAUAUUUUUGCAAUUAAAGUAUCAUCUCAGUUUGCAUGAAACACCUGCUUCCCUCCAGAUUUAAGUAACCAAAAUUCAAACGGAUGAGGCGCAAUCCCGAAGAUGGUUGCACUUCUUGCGUUCAAAGAUAUCCGGGGACUCCGAAGACAAAUAGGAUAAUAGUCUUGUAAUUUCCACUGUCUGAGUUCUGACAACACCUUUGCGUUCAAGAGGCAAGUUUUCAUAACGGAAAGAACGGGCGGAAGAAAAGUUUGACACCUUGACGAGCACAUCAAGCGCUAAUGCCAGUGGAUGAUCAACCUAGUGGUCGUUUAAUGAGCAUCGCUACGGUGUCACCACCAGAACGGAUUUGCCAAGAUUAUCCGGACUGCUAUUUCACUAGUACAACUGCCAUACAGUUUUCUGGACCGCGAUAUUCUCUGCUGAUUCCAACAUCGAACUGUGACGGACACGCGAGUAAACACUCAGAUGCAUAAUAUGACUGCAACAUUUGCAAGGGUGAAACUUACGGACACUUGGUGAAAUACGGUGUGGCUACACAUCAAGCGUCAAGUAUGGCUGAAGGGUGGAGCGAAGGACAAUUCAGAAACACUCGAGCUGCCAUAACUGUACAGCGGCCACUCUCCACUGUCUCCAGCGGCUGAGCUCGUGCUUCCGCGAGGAUGCUGCGCUUCCCAGUGAAGAAGAUUCGCAAGCAGUUCAAGCUACUGCUGUUACUAGUUCUGCUGACUUUCGCCAUCUGGUUCACGUAUCUGCACAUCAACCAAGGCAAAGCGAUCAAGCUGCACUUCAACUACGGGAAAGAUGGAGAGAAGCAGACAGAGGGGACGGAGACCAGUCGCAGGAGGCAGUCCCGCUCCUCCUCCAGUCACCGUGGGAACGACGAUGUGAGUGACAGCCACGAAGACGAGCCUGCGGAGGAUGGACCGUAUGCGUGGGAGGAGGGGAGAAGGGACUUGUCAGAGAUCCGGAAGUUCCUUGGACAGAAACAGAACAAAUUGCCAUGGAAACCAGAGUACAAAGGACAGGCAAACCUCCAUGUGUUUGAAGACUGGUGCGGCUCCUCCGUAGCUCAGCUCAGAAAAAACAUUCACUUUCCCCUGUAUCCUCACAGCAGAACCACAGUGAAGAAACUGGCAGUGGCUCCAAAAUGGAAAAACUACGGCCUGAGAAUUUUUGGCUUCAUCCACCCUUACAGAGAUGGAGAUUUCCAGUUUGCUGUGGCCUCUGAUGACAACUCUGAGUUUUGGCUGAGCCCGGAUGAGAGCCCUCUCAACGCCCGGCUGCUGGUGUACGUGGGACGCCGAGGGUCAGAGUGGACGGCUCCAGGAGAGUUCAGCAAGUUCAGGUCCCAGAGCUCCAAGUCCAUCCACCUCAUAUCUUCCAGACGGUACUAUUUUGAGGUUCUGCAUAAGCAAGAUGACAAGGGCUCAGAUCAUGUGGAGGUUGGGUGGCGCCCUUUUCUGCCUGGCCUGAAGUAUGAGGUCAUCGACUCUGCGUACAUCUCCCUGUACACAGACGAGUCCAGCCUGAAGAUGAACAGCGUGGAUCACAUCCCGCAGACGCUGGCCAGCCACAGCCUCCCCCCCCGCCGGGCCCCGGGCGCCAGCCAGCACGGAGCCGACAUGCUGAAACAGGACCCCCGAGACACCUUCUACAGCCGGGCGCCGAUGAUAGACCCGUCCCACCUGGAGAGCGUGCUUCCCCCCUGCCUCUAUGCGCCCACGUAUGUGGUGAAGGACUUCCCCAUCGCCCGCUACCAGGGCCUGCAGUUUGUGUACCUGUCAUUCGUCUAUCCCAAUGACUUCACCCGACUUACCCAUAUGGAGAAAGAGAACAAGUGCUUCUACAGAGAGUCACCAAUUUACCUUGAGAAGUUUGGCUUCUACAAAUACAUGAAGAUGGAUGAGGAAGAGGACGACCAGCCCAUGUUCUUCCCCAACCCAGAUGAUUUUUUGGAGGAAGAGGAAGGGGAGGACCCGGAGGACGAGGCGAUAGUGGUGGACUCUCAGCCGGCCAGGAGGAAGGCCAAUGCCAGCCAGCCCAGCCGCGCUCCGCGGCCGUCCCAGAGGCCCACGCCCCGGACCCCGGUCAACAGGGAGGGCGGGGAAGAGGAGGGGGAGGGGGAGGAGGGAGACGUGCUGGGCUUCAAGUCGAGAGAGCGGCGGGAGGGGGGGUGGCGUGAGGGGAGCACCAGGGACCCCCCGGAGCCCCGGGUCGGCGCUCUGGGUGAGCAGCGGCAGGAAGCGGAGACGCUGGGGUUCCGCCAUCCCAGCACCCCUUUCACCCGCUCCCUGACCUGGGUCCGCCCCGCUCCCGCGCAGCCGAGCAGGAGAGGGGCCGCGGAGACGCCCCCCAAACUCAGCAAGUCUGCCCUGCUGUUCCCCCGGAAGAGCUCGCUCUCAGCCCUCACCAGCCGGGCCAAGCAGAUCCUCAGCAACUCCGCCCACAAGGGCCAGGGCCCCGGGGCCGCCCCCGCCAAACCCCGCCCCAAUCAGGAGAAGGGGAAGGAGGAGAAUAAGGUCUACAUCACACGGCCCCGCCUCUCCGCAGGCAGGAGGGGUACCACCCCCCGACAGCCCAGGGAGGUGUUCCCGGGGGUCUUUCUGUACCAGAACGGCAAGACCACCAAACUGGUGAACUUGGGGACCAAGAGGCGGGGGGGCAGGGGGCUGGGGGCCGCCCGGCAGCUGUGGCCCAAAUCCCCCCUCGGGUUCAGCAAGGCCUCCCACCGAGGGGCUGGGGCGGGGCUGGACGCUGAGCUGGGGCGACACCCUCACAGGAGGAGGGAGGAGCCUCAGAGGGGGAGGCGGGAGAGCCCGGCCCUCCCCAGCAGGAGGGGCGCGGUCACAUCGACGCCCAACCGCGGGGACCCCCCUCUGUCCACCCCGCCGGCUCCACCCGCCGACCCGGGGCUCACCCCACCCACGGAAACCCGGGUCACCUCCUACAUGAGGACCUCCGAGGUCACAAACUCCCUGGGGCAGGAGGAGGCGGGGCCAGAGGAGGAGGAGGGCGGGGUCUCGGACUACAGCUACGAGGAGGCGGAGCCCCGGCCCGGGUGGGCGGAGGACGCCAUUAAUUGGCAGCGCACCUUCAGCGUGAACAGCAUGGACUUCGAGCUGCUGCGCUCCGACUGGAACGACCUGCGCUGCAACGUGUCGGGGAACCUGCAGCUGGCCGAGAGCGAGGUGGUGGACCUGCUCGCCCAGUACAUGGAGAAGCUCAACGAGCGCAGCGGCGGUAUCUACACGCUGCUGCGCAUCAUUAAUGUGGAGAAGCGGAGGGACUCUGUGCGGGGGAGCCGGUACCUGGUGGAGCUGGAGCUGAUGGAGCGGGGGAAGCGGGUGGUGCACCUCUCCGAGUACGUCUACCUGCUGCUGCAGCACGGGAGGGGGGAGGACAGCCUGGAGGACGGCGCCGCGUCGGCCCCACCCUCUGCCUCCUCCUCCUCCUCCGCCGCCUCCGCCCUCCACGCCAGCCUGGGACCCCCCGCCGCCGCCGCUCCCCAUCCCACCAGCCCCGGCGCCCCGCCCCUCGCCACCGCGCCCGGGGGCACGGCCUACGUCAAGCCCCUGCUGUGCCAGCCCACCGCGCUGCGCUGGAGACGCGACGUCAUGGUGCAUUUUGUGGUGCCAGUGAAGAACCAGGCCCGGUGGGUUCAGCAGUUCAUCUCGGACAUGGAGCUCCUUCACCUCGAGACCAAGGACGAGAACUUCAGCAUCAUCAUCGUGGACUUUGAGAGUGAGGACAUGGACGUGGAGCAGGCCCUCAGGGACAGCCAGGUGCCCAGGUACGAGUACCUGAGACGUGAGGGUAAUUUUGAGCGCUCGGCCGGACUGCAGAUGGGCGUGGACACCAUCGAGGACGGCCGCAGCAUCGUGUUCCUGUGUGACCUGCACAUCCAUUUCCCCCUCAACAUCCUGGAGAGCAUCAGGAAGCACUGUGUGGAGGGGCGGCUCGCCUUCGCCCCCAUCGUCAUGAGACUGAGCUGCGGCAGCUCUCCGAAAGAGCCUGACGGGUACUGGGAGGUAAACGGAUUCGGCUUGUUUGGCAUUUACAAGUCAGAUUUCGACACGGUUGGGGGGAUGAACACAGAAGAGUUCAAAGACCGCUGGGGCGGAGAAGACUGGGAACUGCUGGACAGAGUCCUUCAGCAUGGUCUGGAGGUGGAGCGCCUCAGAUUGCGGAACUUCUUCCACUACUACCACUCCAAGCGUGGCAUGUGGAACACGGCGAUGAAAAGGAGCCCCAGGGGAUAACUCUGCCCCCUCCACACACCCCCCCUCCUGGAGGAACUCCAGCCCCGAGGCUGACUCAGUGCAGGGCAGGCAUCCUGCAAGGACAGCUCAGUCUGUUCCAAGGACCCCUUGUUGGGACACAGUGGCUUACUCUGACUGCCGAGAGUACCUUCAGCCACCGUCCUUCCCAUAAAUAACUCAGAGGAGAAACACUUCUCGUUUUAGGAGGAAGGGCAUUUACUGCUUCCCAUUCGGCUGGAAGGGAAUGUAAAGCUGGACUCACAUUCUUAAUUUCUGUUUUUCCAAAAGAGUAAUCUGUUUUUUAUCAAA